GGAGCCGAGCCCGAGCCCGCAGCUCCCGGCCCUCGGCCCGGCCCGGCCCGGCCCCGCGCGCCCGCCCGCCCGCACCAUGUCCCGCAAGGCGCCGCGGGCGGAGGUGUGCGCCGACUGCAGCGCCCCAGACCCCGGCUGGGCCUCCAUCAACCGGGGCGUGCUGAUCUGCGACGAGUGCUGCAGCGUGCACCGCAGCCUGGGCCGCCACAUCUCCAUCGUCAAGCACCUGCGCCACAGCCCCUGGCCCCCCACCCUGCUGCAGAUGGUGCACACGCUGGCCAGCAACGGGGCCAACUCCAUCUGGGAGCACUCGCUGCUGGACCCGGCGCAGGUGCAGAGCGGGCGGCGCAAGGCCAACCCCCAGGACAAAGUGCACCCCACCAAGUCGGAGUUCAUCCGGGCCAAGUACCAGAUGCUGGCCUUCGUGCACAAGCUGCCCUGCCGCGACGACGACGGCGUCACCGCCAAGGACCUCAGCAAGCAACUGCACUCGAGCGUGCGGACGGGGAACCUGGAGACCUGCCUGCGGCUGCUCUCGCUGGGCGCUCAGGCCAACUUCUUUCACCCGGAGAAGGGCACGACCCCGCUGCACGUAGCGGCCAAAGCCGGGCAGAUCUUGCAAGCGGAGCUGCUCGUGGUGUACGGUGCCGACCCCGGAGCGCCCGACGUCAACGGCCGGACACCCAUCGACUAUGCCAGGCAGGCGUCGCAGCACGAGCUGGCCGAGCGGCUGGUGGAGUGCCAGUACGAGCUGACCGACCGCCUGGCCUUCUACCUCUGCGGCCGCAAGCCGGACCACAAGAACGGGCACUACAUCAUCCCGCAGAUGGCUGACAGGGUGCGCCCCAAGUGUGUGUCGCAGAGCCUGGACCUGUCCGAGCUGGCGAAGGCUGCCAAGAAGAAGCUACAGGCACUCAGCAACCGCCUCUUCGAGGAGCUGGCCAUGGACGUGUACGACGAGGUGGACCGCCGGGAGAACGACGCGGGGCUGUCCUGUCUAGGAGCCGGGUCCAGGCCUGUCUCUGCCUCAGUUUCCCCACGUCACUAUGGAGGCAGCCCCGGGCUGGGAGGCGGGAGGGGGGCUUGGCCGGGUAGAGAUGGCGCCUGUGCCCCCGCAGUGUGGCUGACGACGCAGAACCACAGCACACUGGUGACGGAGCGCAGCGCCGUGCCCUUCCUGCCCGUCAACCCCGAGUACUCGGCCACCCGCAACCAGGGGCGGCAGAAGCUGGCCAGGUUCAACGCCAGGGAAUUUGCCACCCUCAUCAUCGACAUCCUGGGUGAGGCCAAGCGGCGUCAGCAGGGCAAGAGCUUGCUCAGCCCCACAGACGCGCUCGACUACUCGCUGCGGAGCCAGAGCGACGUGGACGACCAGCACGACUACGACAGCGUCGCCUCCGACGAGGACACGGACCAGGAGCUGCUUCGCAACGCCGCCCGCAACAACCGUGCCAGGAGCAUGGACUCGUCGGACCUGUCGGAUGGGCCCAUCACGCUGCAGGAGUACCUGGAGGUGAAGAAGGCGCUGGCAGCCUCCGAGGCCAAGGUGCAGCAGCUCAUGAAGGUCAACAACAGCCUGAGCGACGAGCUGCGCCGGCUGCAGCGCGAGAUCCACAAGCUGCAGUCGGAGAACAUGCAGAUCCGUCAGCAGACGGGCCCCGCGCACCCCACGCCAGCCCCCAGCGAGCGGCAGGAGCACGGCCAUGCCGCGGCCACGGUGGCCGCGCACCGGCGGGACCGGCAGGCCUUCUCCAUGUACGAGCCGGGCUCUGCCCUCAAGCCCUUUGGGCAGCCCGUGGAUGAGCUCGUCACCCGGCUCCAGCCCUUCGGCUCCAGCGAGGCGGAGGAGGAGGCGAUGUACUCCAUGCACAUCCCGGCCGGCGUGUACCGGAUCCGUAAGGGGGUGUCGGCCUCCUCGGUGCCCUUCCCCCCCUCGUCCCCGCUGCUGUCCUGCCCGCCCGACAGCGCCCGCCACAUGCCCAGCAAGCUGGACCGGCACGGCAGUGGCACGGACAGCGACUACGACAACACGCAGGCGGGCGAGACCCUGCUCAGCAUGGAGGGGAAGCGAUUCAUGGACCUGGGCAAGGAUGACGACUUCCACACUGAGCUGGACCCGCUGGACGGGGAGCCGGACCCCGGGCUGCCCAGCACUGAGGACGUCAUCCUCAAGACGGAGCAGGUCACCAAGAACAUCCAGGAGCUGCUGCGCGCUGCCCAGGAGUUCAAGCACGACAGCUUCGUGCCCUGCUCCGAGAAGAUCCACUCCGCCGUCACCGAGAUGGCGUCGCUCUUCCCCAAGAAGCCGGCGCUGGAGACGGUGCGCAGCUCCCUGCGGCUGCUCAACGCCAGCGCCUACCGGCUGCAGAGCGAGUGCCGCAAGACGGUGCCGCCCGAGCCCGGCGCACCCGUGGACUACCAGCUCCUGACGCAGCAGGUCAUCCAGUGUGCCUACGACAUCGCCAAGGCCGCCAAGCAGCUCGUCACCAUCACCACCCGCGAGAAGAAGCAGUGAGGCCCGGCCCCGGGCCUGGUACGCUUGCUCCCUUCCUCUCCCCCUUCCUGGCUGGUGGCUGGCGCCGGGCAGAGCCCCGCUGGCAAGCUGUGCCGGAGAGGAACAGCAAAUGCAAGCGUCCUUGGCCCGGCUGUCAUGGCCAGCAGCGAGAUGACGGUUCCAGGGGUGGGAGGACGGUCUCCGCGUGGUCACCGGGGCACUGCCAGCCCCUUCCCUGCCCCCCCACCCCGGGCAUCAGCCAAGGAACCACUACUGCAGCAGGUCCCCGUCUGCACCCCUGUACAUAGUGCACGGCCGCGGGGCUGGCAGCCGUGCUUGACGGGCCGUGCACGGCCUUACACUGGAACCGGAGCCCCGCGGGCGCCCGGCUGCGUUCUCCCUGUGUGUGUGUGCAUUCGUGAGCCUCUGCCUCGGGCCCCUUCCCCGCACCCCUCUUGCAAUCGCUCUGGGCAGGGGGCACCGCUUCUCUCCUCCUGCCCGGGCCGCAGUGCCAAGCCCCUGCCUUGCCCCCCUGCCUCUCCAAUGCCAAAUCCCUGCGGCUUCGCGCUGGGCAGGGGCCAGGCUCUCCCCUCCUGCCCGCACGGGCCCCGCAGCGCGCUGGGGGCGGCCGGGCAGUCCUGCCCCGGCCAGGCGGAGGGGCGAAGGGUGCUGGCGGGAGCCGGGCCCGUGCCGUCAGACGUGCCCUUGUACAUUUGUAUCAAAUAAAGAUGUGACCGUU